GAGAAAAUCACCGAAGAGAAAGAUGAAACGGUACAAAUGAGAUUGUGAAUUCGUGACUGGAGAGAGACUCAACUGAGACGGCAUCUAGCGGUUGAGAUUCUUGCAGCCCUUUACCGAGGCUUCUAUUUCUUCUUCUUCUUUAGGUCAUUUAUUUUGGAACUGAAAGAGUAAUUAAUUAACAAUGGAUAGACGUAGAAGCCAGAGUUGCUCUCAUUCAGACACUAAGUCACAUGAGCAUACCGAUGAGAGUUGUAAAGUGAUUUCAAAGUUGUUGCUUCCUGAAGACUUGAUGAUUUAUAUAUUUACUUUGGUUCCUCUCAAUUGCCUCAUUGACUCUGCAAGGUAUGUAUGCAAACCUUGGGCUGAUACCAUCGGCAGUUCCCAUUUUGUUGAAGCAUGUGGACGUCGAAGACGUUCUAAAAUUAGUCUUUACGUUGAAAACGGCACAACACGACGCAAUUCAUAUAUGUUGGAAUUUAAAGAUGAUGUGAAUGGCCAAUUUGAAAGGACCGAUUUUGGAACACCUCAAGAAAUGGGACAUUUAAUCAGCACUUGUGAUGGCAUAUUUCUGCUUUGGAAUGAACGACAUGGUAGUAGGGAAAUUGUUGUCGUGAAUCCCCUUCUCAAGUGUUGGCUUAGAAUUUCUCGUUUUCCUGAUUAUCCUUUUCGUGAGUCUUUGGAAUAUAUAGUAGCUAGCUGUCAAUGUAAUAUAACACGAGUUCCUCGUACUGCCAAGUUCAAGUUGUUCCUUAUGGAUUCCGUUAAAUUUUCGGGUGCGUUUUGGUUUGUUUUCUAUGUGCUAAGAAUUGGAAUAGAUAAUUCAUGGGAAGAGAUAGCUAGAAAAGAAUCACCUCGCCCUAGCUGGAAUAUUUUUUGGCAGCAACUUUAUAGUGGAGGCAAUGAUAUUUACUGGAUAACAAAAAGUGAAGUGAUUGUGAUGGAUGUUGACAAAGAAGUUAUUUUACAAGAAUAUCCACUUCCCCAUUUGCCGAAUUAUUCGGAACUAAAAUAUUUAUUGAUGGGAAAUCGUAUUUCUUGCAUUGCAUCUAAAGAUCUUUCCAGUACAACUUAUCAAAUCUACAUUUUGGAUUUUGAUUCAGGAAAAUGGUCUCUUUAUCAUGAGAUGGGUCCUUUUGAUUAUGUUGCUGCUUGUGGUCUUGAGCUUGAUAUUAUUGAUGUGGUAUUUCGUUUUUGGAUCAACGAUCAAAUUAUCUUUCGAGUAUCUCUAGGUCCAGUGCACAAUAACAGCGAUAUAUUCAAAAACAAGAAAUAUAUGCAUUUUGGCUACAAUGUCAAGACCAGACAAUUGACAAAGAUUGAGGGCAUUGCCGAGGGCAAUUUUGAAGUAUGGCUUCACACUAACAGUUUAGUUUCAUUGCCACGUACUCCAACAUAGCUAAGUUUCCCGGUAUAAUAUAUGUAGUAGUAUUAUUUAUAUUUCUCUUUGCUGAAAAACAAGUAUUUAUGUUUCUAUUUUGAUUUGGAAACACUUGAUGUGUGUUUGUUUGCUUAGUUAAUCUAGCUUUUAUUAUUACUAAUUUUUUAGCUUUGUUUAUUCUGGUGAAUGAUGACUUACUUUCAACUAUGAAUUCUAAGCUCUGUUCUGGUAACUUUACAAUUAUAUAUUAUCUAGGAAAGAGGUUGAGAUGAGAGUAUU